AUGGCCAACAGCAGCAGCAGCAGCAGCAGCAACAGGAGAAGGAGCCCUACCAACGGCCGCAGCAGCAGCAGCAACAACAACUGCAGCAGCCAGCAAGCGAGCAGCAGCAACCAGCAGCAGCAGCAGCAGCAACAGCAGCAACAGGAGCAGGAGCCUUACCAACAGCCGCAGCAGCAGCAGCAACAACAACUGCAGCAGCCAGCAAGCGAGCAGCAGCAGCGUCGGCAGCAACUGGAAGAGCAGCAGCAGCAGCAACAGCAGCAGCAGCAACAGCAACAGCAGUAUAGUAGCAGCAGCAACAACAACAGCAGCAACACGAAGGUAACAGCAGCAGCAGCAACAGCAACAGCAGCAGCAACAGCAUCACCAACCUACCAGCCGACAGCAGCAGCAACAGCAGCAGCAGCAGCAGCAGGAUGGGGGGCCCAGCACCAGCAACAGCAGCAGCAGCAGCAGCAGCAGCAGCAGCAAACAGAAAGAGAAAAGCAGAGGCUGAGGAUGAGGGUGCUGAGGGGAGCAGCAGCAGACGAAGAAGAAGCAGCAGCACUUGAAGGGCGUCGUUUCUCUCUCUCUCUCAGCAGCAGCAGCAGCAGCAGCAGCAGCAGCAGCAGCAGCAGCAGCAGCAGCAGCAGCAGCAGCGCAGAAAUAACAGAAACCCUCGGGGCUGCGUUUGCUGCUGUCGGGGCCAGAGGCCACGAUGAGGCGAUACUGGCGGCGGCGUUUAGCCCUGAAGGUCGCCGACUGGCAACAGGAGGAGGAGACACGACAGUUCGGCUCUGGGACCUCGACACGGAGACCCCGCUACAAACCCUCCGUCUUCACACCAAUUGGGUUUUGUGUAUUUCUUGGGCCCCCCACGGCCAGCUGCUAGCAUCUGCAGGCAUGGGUUGGGCCCCCGCGGGGGCCCCCCUGAAAGGGCACAGACAGCCGGUAACCAGCCUCGUCUGGCAGCCGCUGCAUUUGGUUUCUGAUGAGGAUGCAGCAGCAGCAGCAGCAGAAGCAGAAGCAGCAGCAGCAGCAGCAGCAGCUGCUGCUGCUGCAGCAGCAGCAGCAACAGGAAAGGGAGAGGAAGACCGCACGAAGAGCGACACAAACAAGUCCCAGAACGGUAGCAGCAGCAGCAGCAGCAGCAGCAGCAGCAGCAGCAGCAGCAGCAGCGGCGCAAACAAAAACAACAGCAAUAGCAGCAGCAGCAGCAGCAGCAGCAGCAGCAGCAGAAGCAAAGGAAAGGGAAAACAAGCAGCAGCAGCAGCAAAAGGAAAAACCACAAACGUAUCUGCUGCCUGGAGGACCCGUCUGGGGUUUCCUCUCCCCAGCCUAUUGCUCGCAAGCGGCAGCAAGGACUGCACUGUGCGGCUGUGGCGGCCGGGGCAGCAGCAGGCGCUGCGGGUGCUGUCGAUGCACAGCCAGGGGAUAACAAACCUCCGGUGGUCUGGGGGCCCCCACGGCUACCUCUUCAGCGCCGCGCGAGACACCACGGUGAAGGUCUGGAACCCCCAGACGGGGGCCCUUGUGAAGGAACUCAAAGAAAUGAAAGAAGCUGCACAAAAACAAUUUGAUGCCUUCAUAAAGGAGUGCGGCAAUGAAUCUAUACUUUCGGGGUCUGAUGAUUCGACUCUGCUGCUGCGGCGGCUGACGAAGGGAGGAGGGUUUGAGGAGGUUGGGAGAAUGACAGGCCACCAGAAACUCAUCAACUGUGUCUGCUUUUCCCCUGACGGCCUCACCAUCGCCUCUGGCUCAUUCGACAAAUCCAUCAGGGUUUGGAACGGCACAACAGGUCAAUACCUCGCGACGCUGCGGGGGCAUGUGGGCCCCGUCUAUCAGCUGGCUUGGGUUUGGGGGUUGGAGGCUCCCUCAGUGGAGCUGGGCUUGCGAAGUGGGAUCGACGGAACACCCUUGGAGACUGCUGCUGCUGUUGCUGCUGCUGCUGCUGCUGCUGCUGCUGCUGCUGCUGUUGCUGCUGCUGUUGCUGCUGUGGUUAUGGGUCUGUUAGCGCAGCGGAGACAGCACGCUGAAGGUAUGGGAUAUAAAUAA